AUGCCAGUCAGGAUAGAUAUUCCAAACGAAACAGAAUAUUCUUGUGAAAAAGAAAUCGGCUGUUCACAAGGAUUUUCAAAACCUCGAGUCUCUGAGAGGUCAACAGGUCGCGAUGCAAUUCUUGAAUUUGUGGAACUGAAAGACCUUUUAAAAAUAUCUGGUCAGAAAGAUUUUAAAACCUUCGACGAUGUAUUCAUAGAAAAGGAUGCGUUGAAAGCCUUCAAAGUAAUUCCCUUCCGGGAUAACUAUGUCAAUGGAUCAGAUGUGAAAGUACCUGCUAUUGCGUCGAUCUAUAACGAAAUUGUUUGUGCAAGCAAACUUUCCAAGUUUCGAGGAAGUCAAAACUUCCCUAAAGUUCACAAUAUUCACCUUAUAAAAGGUGCAUGUCCCCAAUACCUGUGUGAUGUCUAUGACCAAUAUCAUGAACGAUGCUGUUUAAUCAAGCAUUUCGACCUUGAUAGAUUUCCUCCCGAUCAGUGCUGGAUCAUCAUAGAAAGUGAAAUGUACGGCCGAUCACUCAAUGCGAUCCCGCCAACUUGUCCAAUGGCAGCGCUAUCAGUAUUUGCUCAAACUGUGCUCGCCGUGGCAGUGACAGAAACGCGAUUCCGCUUUGAGCAUAGAGAUCUGCAUGGUGGGAAUAUUUUACUUCAAUAUGACGCAAAAGAUGCCUGCUCCCAAAGGAUACCAAGCACCUAUUUUCAAGGUCAAACUCUUCGGCCUCGUAAUGGUCCACUUGCGAAGAUUAUUGAUUUCACUCUAUCACGUAUCACCGAUCGUGAUACCGCGAUCUAUACCAAUGUCUCAAGCUAUCGGAAUCUAUUCAUUGGAAAUACACGUUCACAUGCUCAUUUAUAUCGCGAGAUGCGUGAUCUGUUGAAGGAUGACUGGUCAGCUUUCAAUCCACGGAACAAUGCCAAGUGGAUACAUCAUAUUGGGGAGCGAAUUCGCGAAAUUGUUGAAAAGGGAAAGUAUUGCAAUUAUCACAAGAAUUCUAACGCAGGACUUAUUCGAAAGCAGUUUCGAGAGCUCCUCAACAAGGCAAUGACUGCCAGUUCAGCAGCUAAUUAUGCCAGGGAGAUAUCUACUUCAAAGAUUCUUUUCAGGGCGUAA